AGAAAAAUAAAAUGUAUGCAGCAUUUAUUGUUUAGGCUUCUUGCCAGUCCUUUGGCACCAUUGAACAAGACGUGUCGGUAAUUCAACAACGACGUGACCUGACGUUUUACGCUGGGACAAAUUACGUGCAAACGGUGUAUUGGAAUCGAAUUAAACAUUUCCCAACUAAAAUAUAAAUCGAUAUGCCAUGAGCUCACCGUCGCUGGCAUUACAAGGCAAUGACAAUGUUUCUUUGAAGCACACAAGGCCCCGGGGAGGACUGCUCAGGAAUACCUAUGAUUUUCAAAGUGGUAUCAUGUUUCUGUUUCCUGGGUUCCUUCCCUUCGCCAAACCCACCGCCCUCCCCUUUUGAGCAUCUGAGUCACAGUGAAACGCGAGAUGUUGCCUUAGCGGGGGCCGAGUGUCCCAUUGCUAACCCGCGACUGUAAAGCGAUGCCAGCCUCUUCAAUAAUUCACCCCGCCACGCUAAAUGUUCUAAUCAGCAGGAGGACAGCGUCGUCAUGAAUAGAGGCGACAUCCUCUUGUCAGCCCAACUUCGGCCCGAGAUCCGAGCCUAGGCGGGUCCCGACGAAGUGCCACGCUGAAACAUCAUCAACGGCAUCCCCAAUCGGAGCCUGCGACGUUCCACCUCACUCCAGUGGUUCAGCAGCUCGCUGGCACCAUGGCACUUGUGGUCCACCUCAAGCAAGUGUCCGAGUUGCGUGGAAAGGGAGACCGAGUCGCGAAGCUAACUUUUCGAGGAGUACCGUACAACACGCGGAUCCUGGAGAACUGCGAGGAUGAGGCCCUCUUUGACGAGGUUUUUCGCUGGGAGGUUGGAACCCCAGUCGAGGGCCAUGAGAUGCUGGAAAUUCAAGUCUUCAACUUCAGCAAAGUGUUCACAAACAAGCUUCUGGGCACUUUCUGCAUGGUUCUUCAGCAAGUGGUGGAAGAUGGCGUGCUGGAGAUCACGGACACACUUCUUGAUGACAACAACACACCCACCAAGACGGCCGUGACGGUGGAGGUGCGCAUGCAGGAGGGCUCGUGGAGCGACGGAGACCUCCUGCAGUUCGACAGCCGGGGCCUCGAGGACGAGGGGCUGCUCGCCAACCCGGCCAACAAUGCGGGCCGCAAGCGAACCGCAGAGGAGGAGGGGGGCAGCUGCUACAAUAGCGACGAAGACGCCAACUCAAGUUACAGCUGUGAGGACCAUUCGCAAGAAGAGGAUGACAAGGGAGCUCUCGGCAAACUCGCCGGACUAAAGACCAAGGAUGGUUACCGAGCAUUGUCGAGUAAAUCUAAGCAGGGCAAGCGCUCCGCCAUCAAGGGCUUCAGCAAAGGAACCGAAGGUGCGAAGGCCAAGGAGGCGAAAGACAAAGGAGGAAAGGCAGACAAGGCUGGCGUCAAAUCAGUCUUUUCUGGAAUAAAGCUGGUCAAAACAAAGUCUCCAAAGGACCAGAACUCAUCCGGUGGAAACAAGAACUCAAGUGAUGAACCUGCUGUCAUAGACACCGACCACAGGCCCAAGUCUGGAAGGGGGAAAGAUUUCGAUACUAUGUCAAUGGCCUCCAUCACUGCCGUCACCACCAAUGUGUCGAACAAACGGGCAAAACCAGAUGCCAAGAUGGAACCCACAUCUGGGAGACCACAAGACUAUCAGGUGAGCAUCACGAUCAUCGAGGCUCGUCAGCUGAUGGGUCUCAACAUGGACCCGGUGGUGUGCGUCGAGGUCGGGGAGGAGAAGAAGUACACCAGCAUGAAGGAGUCCACCAAUUGCCCCUAUUACAAUGAGUAUUUCGUAUUUGAUUUCCACGUGCCUCCUGAAGUCCUGUUUGACAAGAUUGUCAAACUCUCCGUCAUUCACUCACGGAACAUUCUGCGCAGCGGCACGCUGGUGGGCAUGUUCAAGCUGGACGUGGGGACCGUGUACACUCAGCCAGAGCACCAGUUCUACCACAAGUGGGCGGUGCUGUCGGACCCGGACGACAUCACGUCGGGCGUGAAGGGCUACCUGAAGUGCGACAUCGCCGUGGUGGGGAAGGGGGACACCAUCAAGACGCUGCACAAGUCCAAGGAGUCGGAGGACGAGGACGUGGACGGCAACCUCCUGCUGCCGGAGGGCGUCCCCGUGGAGAGGCAGUGGGCCCGCUUCUACGUGCGCAUCUACCGCGCAGAGGGCCUCCCCAAGAUGAACACCAGCCUAAUGGCCAACGUAAAAAAGGCGCUGACGGGCGACGACAAGGACAUGGUCGACCCCUACGUCUCUAUCUCCUUCGCCGGGCAGAAGGGCAAGACGUCGGUACAGAAGGGCAGCUGCGAGCCCGUGUGGAACGAGCAGGUCAUCUUCACGGAGAUGUUUCCGCCGCUCGUGCGGCGCAUGAAGAUCCAGAUCCGAGACAGCGACAAGGUCAACGACGUGGCCAUCGGCACGCACUUCGUCGACCUGAGGAAGAUCGCCAACGAGGGAGACAAGGGUUUCCUGCCCACGUUUGGCCCCGCGUGGGUGAACAUGUAUGGCUCGACGCGGAACUAUACCCUGAUGGACGAGCACCAGGAGCUCAACGAGGGCCUCGGGGAGGGCGUCUCGUUCCGUGCCCGCCUCCUCAUCUCCAUCGUCAUGGAGUUCCUGGACACCUCCUCGCCCGAUGUCACCAGCUCCACCGACAUCCAGUCAGAGACCAUCCCGCCGAUCUCUGAGAAUUCCACAGGGAGGAUUGACGAAUUCUUCCUCUUUGGAACCUUCCUGGAAGCAACGAUGAUUGACCGCAAGAUUGGCGACAAGCCGAUUAACUUCGAAGUGACCAUAGGCAACUACGGCAGCUUGAUUGAUGGGACGGACAAAGCCGACCCAGGCAAGAAGAAGUCGGCCAACGACGACGAGGUGGAACUCCUGUCGCGCACCUUCGACGAGGAGAACUUUGAGUCCGACAUGGGCACCAUGUCCACCACUCCGCCUCGCAAACCCGUCAUCACAGACAGGAACUACUACCACCUGCCCUACUACGAGGAGAAGCCAUGCAUCCACAUCAAGAGCCACUGGCAGGACCAGCGCUGGCGCCUCUACAACUCCAACAUCAUGGAGAGCACCGCCGACAAGCUCGAGGAGGGCAUCAACGACGUGCAGGAGAUCAUCAGCACGGAGAAGCCUCACCCCGAGCGCCGGCUGCGUGGAGUCCUGGAGGAGCUCAGCCUGGGUUGCCUGCGAUUUGUUGCCCUGGCCAAAAAAGACAAGCAGCAGAACGGGCACACGCGGCUCGACAAGGAACGGCUCAAGGCCUGUACGCACGAGCUGGAGACGAUGGCCAUGCAGGCCAAGACGCUGAGAAUCAACGUGAAGCGGGCGACGCUCAAGGAGAAGCUUAAGCAGGCGUACAACUUCCUGCAGAAGCUCCGCUUCCUCGCCGAUGAGCCCCAGCACAGCGUGCCCGAUGUGUACGUGUGGAUGCUGAGCAACAACAAGCGCGUGGCAUACGCGCGCAUCUCGGCCAAGGACAUCCUCUACUCGCCCAUCGACGACGAGAUGGGCAAGGACUGCGGGAAGAUCAAGACCCUCUUCCUCCGGCUGCCCGGGAAGAAGAGCUUCGGCUCCGGAGGCUGGACGGUGCAGGCUAAGCUGGAGGCUUACUUCUGGCUCGGCCUACACAAACACCGCAAGGACUUCAUGAAUGGCUUGCCCAAUGGCUACGAGCAGAAAAAGGCCAAGAACAGCAGCCCGAUCGCACAAGCCUUGCCACCCAUCAGCCUCAUCUACAAAGAAAAGCAAAUGUUCCAGCUGCGAGUCCACAUGUACCAGGCGCGGAGUCUCUUCGCAGCCGACAGCACCGGGCUCUCGGACCCGUUUGGCAGAAUCAUCUUCUCCACGCACAGCCAGGCCACCGAGGUCAUCCCAGAGACCUUGUGUCCCACGUGGGACCAAAUGCUGGUGUUCGACAGCAUUGAGCUCUAUGGAGAAGCUCAGGAGCUGCGAGAUGACCCACCCAUCAUCGUCAUCGAGGUCUUCGACCAGGACACGGUGGGGAAGGCGGACUUCAUCGGACGAGCCUUGGCCAAGCCCGUGGUGAAAAUGAGCAACGAAAAGUACGACGCUCCGCGCUUCCCCCCGCAGCUCGACUACUACCAGAUCUACCGGGGGAACUCCACUGCCGGGGAACUGCUCGCUGCCUUCGAGCUCCUGCAGAUCCCGCCGUCGGGCAAGGGAGACCUCCCACCCAUCUCGGGUCCAACAGACACGGAGCAUGGCACCAUCCUUCCCGUUCCAAGGGGCAUCCGCCCAAUCCUGAGCAAGUACCGGAUCGAGGUGCUCUUCUGGGGCCUGAGGGACCUGAAGAGGAUCCAGCUGGUGACGGUCGAUCGCCCGCGUGUGGACGUCGAAUGCUCGGGGAAAAGCGUGCAGUCUGUGGUGAUCCCCAGCUACAAGCAGAACCCCAACUUCAGCACCCUCUUCAAGCAUUUUGAAGUGGACCUACCGGACAACGAGCUGCUGCACCCGCCCCUCAACAUCCGCGUGGUCGACUGCCGCGCGUUCGGCCGCUACACCCUGGUGGGCACGCACACCGUCACCUCCCUGCGCAAGUUCAUUCUGCGGGCGCCCAGCAAGACCAAGGCAGCCAACAUCCGCACCAUAGCAGGCGACGCAGCGAUCAACAUGGAGGAGAUUUCUCUGCGAAAAGCAGAGACCAUGGUCCGUUUGGAUCCCAAUUCUGACGCGGUGGUUAAAAUCGAAUCGGUUGAGUCAGAAAAGGACUCCAAGAAAAAGAAGAAGAAGAAAGGCGUGGAAGAGGAGGAGGAGGACGAGCCAGACGAGGAACUUCUGGACUGGUGGUCCAAGUACUUUGUGUCCAUAGAGACUCUCAAGGAGCAGCAAAAGAUGCAAGAAGAAACUGAAGAAGAAAAGGAGUCCGAUUCUGGAGAAGAGCGCAGAAGCCCAAAGAUGUCCGGAAAGGCAGGAGCGAAAGUCAAGGUCGGUGAACGCGAAGAGAAGAAGGAGGUGAAACGCCGCAUGAGGGUGGAGGAGCUGAAGAUGUUCGACAAGGAGCUGGAGGGCGAAUUUGACAACUUCGAGGACUGGCUGCACACGUUCAGCCUCUACCGUGGGAAGAUCGAGGAUGACGACAGCAGCAUGGAGGAGGAUCGGCUGGUCGGCAGGUUCAAGGGCUCGCUGUGUGUGUACAAGUAUCCCCUUCCGGAGGAGCUGGCACGGGAGGUGGGGUACGACCCGCAGUUCGGAAUGUUCCAGGGGAUUCCGAGCAAUGACCCCAUCGGGGUGCUCGUCAGGGUUUACGUGGUCCGGGCGAACGAUUUGCACCCAGCCGACGUGAAUGGAAAGGCCGACCCCUACAUUGUGGUCAAGCUGGGGAAGCACGAGGUGAAGGACAAGGAGAACUACAUCUCCAAACAGCUCAACCCCGUCUUUGGAAAGUCGUUUGACAUCGAAGCCGUGUUCCCCAUGGACUCCAUGCUGACCGUGUCCAUCUAUGACUGGGACCUGGUCGGCACGGACGACCUGAUUGGAGAGACCAAGAUAGACCUGGAGAACCGCCUCUACAGCAAGCAUCGUGCCACCUGUGGCAUCUCCCAGCGAUACAGCAUACACGGCUACAACAUGUGGAGGGACCCGCUGAAGCCCAGCCAGAUUCUGGCGCGCCUGUGCAAGGAGGUGAAGGUGGACCCGCCGCAGUACAGCCCCGAGGGGCGCGUCAAGGUCGCCAACCGCACCUUCACUGCCGCCACCGAGGUGGAGGACGAGAACGGUCAGAAGAAGCCAACGGAUGAGCACAUGGCGCUGACGGUACUGCACCACUGGGAGGAAAUCCCCGGGGCCUGCAAGCUGAUUCCCGAGCACAUCGAGACAAGGCCUCUGCUGCACCCAGAGAAGCCCGGCAUCGAGCAGGGUCGUAUCGAGAUGUGGGUGGACAUGUUUCCCGCCGACGUGCCGCGGCCGGGCCCUCCCAUCGACAUCGCGCCCCGCAAGCCCAAGAGCCUGGAGAUGCGCGUCAUCAUUUGGAACACUGAUGACGUCAUUCUGGAAGACGACUCGUUGCUGACGGGCGAAAAGUCCUCCGAUAUCUUUGUUCGAAGCUGGCUCAAGGGGCAGCAGGAGGACAAGCAGGACACGGACGUGCACUACAACUCGGUGACGGGCGAGGGCAACUUCAACUGGCGCUUCGUCUUCCCCUUCGACUACCUCGUGGCGGAGGAGAAGAUCGUCAUGUCAAAGAAGGAGUCGGUGUUCUCGUGGGACGAGACUGAGUACAAGAUCCCUGCGCGCCUCACGCUGCAGGUGUGGGACGCCGACCACUUCUCGGCUGACGACUUCCUGGGUGCCAUCGAGCUGGACCUGAAUCGUUUCCCGCGCGGAGCGAAGACCUCCAAGCUGUGCUCGCUGGACAUGCUCAAGACGGACGGCUCGGUGCCCAUGAUCUCCAUCUUCAAGCAGAAGAGGAUCAAGGGCUGGUGGCCCUUCGCCGCCCGCAACGAGAACGACGAGCUGGAGCUUACGGGAAAAGUCGAGGCGGAGAUUCAUCUGCUGACUUCAGAGGAGGCUGAGAAGAGUCCAGCGGGACUGGGCCGCAAUGAGCCAGACCCUCUGGAAAAACCCAACCGGCCAGAUACGUCAUUCAUGUGGUUCCUCACACCCCUCAGAUCGAUAAAGUAUCUAAUCUGUCACCGCUACAAGUGGCUCAUUGUCAAAAUCGUGCUGGCACUCCUCCUCCUGGCUAUGUUAGCUCUGUUUCUCUACAACAUGCCAGGCUACAUGGUUAAAAAGUUACUGGGAGCUUAGUAGAAAUCUGGCACUGUGUGAGUUUCCUUGCAAGUGAAUGUUGCUGCUUUUAAAUCGGAAACUUAUUUCCUGAGUGCCUUUUCCCACACUUAAUUUUAUAUAUAUACACACACACACAUACACGCUAGUUCCUAUCUUGUGUUGAUAUCAAAUGCACGUUUGUGUGGCUUUGGAUAUUAUCACGAUAAAUUAUUUAAGAUAAUCGAUAUAAAUUAUUUGGCAAAACAUAAAAGCUUUAAUCGUAGAAAAUUACAUUCGUUUUAAUGUACAAGUCACAGCUCUUUGUAAUGGAUUGCAAUUUAAUUGAUGUUUUUUUCCCCCUUCAUUCACAGCCAUUGCAAUGCCUUCUAUCUGUGGCGUUUUGUCGAGUCCUGUUGAAUCGCCUAACGGGCUUAAUAGAGGUGGAUGGUCGGUGAGUAGCUAAGGCAUUGGUCCUUUGAAGCACAUGUAUCUUUCUCUGUGACACGCGUGUGUGUGAUUUAUGUUGUUGUGGCUUUGAGCGCUGCUUUGGCAAUCGGUGUGGCAACUGUUUGAACCAAUGCAACAUGCCAAGUACCGGUGUCAUGUUUAAAAAAAAUGCCGUCAUGAGCUGCACAGGAAAAAUGCCUCAUACACAAAUAUCAAUCAUAUGGACCGGACCCUAAGAGCACAAGUUAAUGAUUUCAGUGUGUAGCUUUUAGAAAUCUGCUAAAUAUAUUAAAUAGCAAUGCUAUGGAAGUGCUGUAUUAAGUAAGGCAUCAUGAGGCCCUGCCACAGACGUUAGUGGCCUAAGCAGUGGGCAGUCGUGAGGGUUGGAAGGCGGUGGGGGAUAUAUGAAGUGCUACCACGUCCCUAACGGCAUUCGUGUGUGGCUGGGGCACCUGCCUGUUGUGCCUGAAAUGAGGUCUCCCAGUAGGGGAGGCCCCUUCGUAUGUAUGUUGAACGUCUUUCGCACCGUACGUAGCCGACCAUGCAAAUCGAAGGUGCGGGGGAAGGACAACGAACUAAACACACAAAAAGCAGUUCUAAAGCCAAGGGCCAUUAAUGGGCUGUGUGUGCACCAUCAGCAACAUGGACCUGCGUUUUUAUUCAAUUACGCUUUGUCGGCCCCAAAAAUUACAAAUGGCGUUCUGCAGUGCACCCACACCAAUGUGGUAAUGUCAUUGAAAGUAAUCUUCAUUCCUACUCUUUGGUUUUUUCGGUAAAGUCACGUGGUAAAAAAUAAAUAAAAUAAAAAUAAAUGGAAACAACUAAAAAAAAUACAUGAAAA